GGAGGAGAUGUGGGUGAAAAUUCACCUCUGUGGUUGUGUAACACCCUGGUUUGUCCCUGCCUCGCGUCAAACAUGCUGUCAACUUAUCAAGCUGGGGAUAACCGGAGUAAUUUACUCCAGAAAUGUAGGCGUUCGACUCCAUUCAGCCAGUUUGCAUAUCUCGAAGCCCUGGCGAAUGAGGGGAGCACAGGACAUGAGUGGUAUGUACUGGGGUCGGAACGUCUUUGGGAUAACACUCGGCCCGCUUUGGACGACACACGCUCCCGAUUCUGAGAUGCGAUAUUCAAGAUUCUUGCAAACUUCAUCCAUUAUUUUCUCCUUGCCCCUUGAGCCAAUUGUUGAUUGCUAGCCAAACAUCAAUCAGUAAGGAUUCAAGUUUGCCCAACUGUGCCUUGUCACCCUGCAAGUUUGUUUGCCGGACCACCAUCCCCUAACUGGUGAGCAGGUGUGCCGAUGUGUUGUAAUGGCG